CGAAUUCCUCGUUGGAAAAACAAAAGCGCAUUACUUCAAUACACAACAGACGACAUCAAUCAUGGCUUUGAACCAAAUUCCACUCGAGAUCCGGCAGAGAAUCUUUGAAUGGGUCAUCUGCUCUCCAAUCAACCCACCAGCCUCCCCCUCAGUUAGCCAGAAAGGGCGGCGGAAACUGUCGCAAGAUACGUUCUCUGGGCGUGGAGUUUGGCAGCUCCCGCCGCAAAAUCCCGCGCUCCCUCUCCUUUUGGUGAACAAACAAUUUCGCACCGAGGUCAAUUAUGUGCUUCAACAUGCUUCCACGGAUUACCAUGUCGACAUCAUGUUUGUGAAAGGAUACGGCCUGUGGACGACCUGGUCGAUCCCCGUGCUUCCCCGGACGCAGUAUAUCGACUCAGUACAUGCCAGACUCCGACUCUUCGAACCUACCGACGACCUUGACCCUCGCUUCCGGGAGAGUCUGAGCUUCCGGGGUGGUGACGGCGGACCACCCCUCGCCGUCUGGUCUUUCUACAGGCUGCUGACGGCACUGCUCACAAAUGGACCGGGUUAUCUAGGGCCCGAACCAAUCGGAAUACCCAGGAACUUGAGGCCUCGAUACGUUGUGAAGAAAGUAGUCGUCGAUGUCCUCGCUCCGACGGAUGGUGCUGCUCACAGGAGCAUUGUGUUGAAAGAGGGAGAGGAUGAAGGGGAAACACACCGUUUCAUAGAUAGGUACCUCCACGACGCUUCCAUUGCGCCGGAAGAGCGUCUUGCGUUGUACAUGACCAGAGAACUGGAUCAUCUCCUUGCCCUUUCCUAUCACACCAUAAACUAUGGGAUGGUAUUGUACGAAAGCGUAGUAGAGACCAUUGAUUUCCUGGUAAACGGAGAGGAGUACAAGGCAUUCGGCAUGCAGAAAUUAUUGCGAGAGCACGAAGGUACCCACUGGGGAAGGAGACCGCUUGAAGUCUCUCAGCGGAAGCAGAGAUAUCGAACGUGGAGGCGCUGGCUAGAUGAGAGGAGACGGCGGAUGAAGGAAGGUCUUGAGCUGGAUGACGAUCCGCCCGUAAUGAGCAUAAUUUAGGACUAAGACGAGGGCGAAGGAGAAUGGGUCGUGAUAUAGCACGUGAAAUAGCUGCUUAUUGAGGUCACAGAUCUAACCUCCGAGGCUGACCUUUCCGGGAUCCAGGUCCGAAAGAUGUUGUUUGAAUGUUAGCCUACUCGAUAGCCAAUCCCCACUCGGACUGACAUCUCCAGAGCCCGUUAUUUUUUGACAUGGAAGAAAGAAAGGCGG